AUCAUCACCUCACCAUACUCUCUCUCAUUACUCAUUACUCACACUCACAUCUCCAACAAUAAUAAUGGCAUCUUCCACCGCCUCAUCGUUCAUCGGAGUCCGUCUCCCAGACCUACACUCCAACUCCGGUCGGGUCACAGCCCGGUUCGGGUUCGGAAAGAAAGCACCAGCGGCCCCUAAGAAGGCAACAAAAACCGUUACAUCAGACCGGCCGUUAUGGUACCCAGGAGCAAAAGCACCGGAGUAUCUUGACGGAAGUUUGGUGGGAGACUAUGGGUUUGACCCCUUCGGAUUGGGGAAACCGGCGGAGUAUUUGCAGUUUGAUUUGGAUUCGCUGGACCAGAACUUGGCGAAGAAUGUUGCAGGUGAUGUGAUCGGAACCCGGUUCGAGAGUGCGGAUGUGAAGUCGACUCCGUUCCAGCCGUACAGUGAGGUUUUUGGGUUGCAGAGGUUUAGGGAGUGCGAGCUUAUUCAUGGGCGGUGGGCUAUGUUGGCUACGCUCGGUGCUCUCACCGUUGAGUCCGUCACCGGCGUUACAUGGCAAGAUGCCGGCAAGGUGGAACUAAUUGAUGGAUCAUCUUACCUUGGACAACCACUUCCAUUUUCAAUCACCACUUUGAUCUGGAUCGAGGUUUUGGUGAUCGGGUACAUCGAAUUUCAAAGGAAUGCUGAACUUGAACCCGAAAAGAGGUUGUACCCAGGUGGUCCGUUCGAUCCAUUGAACUUGGCCAGCGACCCUGAGAAGAAGGCAACCCUCCAAUUGGCAGAGAUCAAGCAUGCCCGUCUCGCCAUGGUGGCAUUCCUCGGGUUUGCUGUCCAGGCAGCGGCCACUGGAAAGGGUCCACUCAACAACUGGGUUACACAUUUGAGCGACCCACUUCACACAACCAUCCUUGACACCUUCGGCUUCUUCUCUUAAACCGUUUUUGGCCAUUGCUUUUAUAUAUCUUGUAAAGUAUGUAACCUUUUGGCAAAGAAAGCGCACGAUAUAAUAUAAUAUAUAAUGCUUUUUAUGUCAUUUGUAUGGAUUGAGAUUUGAGACCUAACAAUGUA